CGCGCACUUGCUUCUCCCGUACAGGGCGUCAUUGCUGUUCCAUCGCGUCGUGACGGCAGUGUACACGCGCUCCCCACUCUCCGACGCGUCGCGUAGCAGUGCCUGGGCCAGCGCCCGCAGUCGCCCAACAUGACUACCUUCUCCUCCAUGUCCUUGUAUGCCCUGACGGUCAAGCAGCCGUCGGCGACACAGGACGCUAUCUCCGGGGACUUCCUUGGAAACGGCAAGCAGCAGAUCCUCACAGCCAACGGCUCGCGCCUGGCCAUCCUCGAGGUUUCGCGGCGGCAGAAGGGCUUCCAGGAGAUGUACUCCCAGGAUGUCUUUGGCAUCGUGCGUCGCAUCGCCAAGUUCAGGGUCGCGGGCGGCACAAAAGACCACAUCGUCAUAACCACCGACUCGGGUCGAUUAGUCACCUACGAGUACGUGCCGGACGAGCACAGCUUCAAGACGGUCCACUUCGAGACGUACGGCAAGUCUGGAAUACGGCGCGUCGUGCCGGGCGAGUACCUGGCGGCCGACCCGAAAGGGCGCGCCAUCAUGGUCGCGUCGACGGAGAAGAAUAAGCUCGUCUACAUCCUUACCCGCAGCGGUCACACGGACAUCGCCAUAUCCUCGCCCCUCGAAGCACACAAGCCACAAACACUGGUCUUCUGUCUCAUUGGGCUGGACGUUGGAUACGACAACCCCAUGUUUGCUACGCUGGAGGUCGACUACUCGGCCGCAGAGUCGGAUCCCUCGGGCGAGGCGUACGACGAGAUCAAGAAAGAGCUGGUCUACUACGAGCUCGACCUGGGCCUGAACCACAUUGUGCGCAAGUGGGCCGAGCCCGUAGAUCGCACCGCGAACACGCUCUUCCGUGUCCCAGGAGGCCCAAACGCACCAAGCGGAGUCCUUGUCUGCGGAGAAGACAGCAUUACUUACCGCCGCAUCUUCAACAACAAGUCGGGCGUGCACCGGCUAGCCAUUCCUCGCCGAGAGGGAGCCACAGAAGACCCGAGCCGCAAGCGAACCAUCGUUGCCGGCACACUGUACUCGCUCAAGGGCGGUGACUUCUUCUACCUGCUCCAGACCGACGACGGCGAUCUGUUCAAGCUUACCGUGGAAGCUACCGAUGGCGCAGUCGACAAGAUCAAGAUCAAGUACUUCGACACGAUCCCGGUCGCGACAAGCAUCUGCAUCUUGAGGGCGGGUUUCGUUUACGCUGCCUGCGAAUCGGGCGACCGGAUUCUGUACGAACUCGAGUCACUGGGAGACGAGACCGACGACCCUCUGUUCGACAGCAGUCAAUUCCCGUCAGACCCGCACGCAGCCUUCGCACCUCCAUUCUUCAAGCCACGCGCCCUGGUGAACUUGACCCCCGUCGAGACCAUCCCUAGCUUGAACCCGAUCAUGGGUAUGGAGGUCGCCAAUCCUGCGCUGGAAGAUGCGCCUCAGAUCUAUACCAUCAACGGCGCCGGUGGUCGCAGCACGUUCCGCACCACGAGGAACGCUUUGGAAGUGCUCGAUCUCAUCGAGUCACCGCUACCGCAGAACGCCUCCGAUGUUUGGACAACAAAGCUGACAUCGGAGGAUGAACAUGACACGCUCAUUGUCAUGUGUCUGCACAGCCGAACGCUGGUCCUCAAGAUUGGUGACGACGUCGAGGAGGCAGCGAACACUGGCUUCCUGGCUGACACAAACACUCUUGGCGUACAGCAGUUUGGAGAAGACUGCAUCAUCCAGAUCCACCCCAAGGGUAUCCGUCACAUCCAGGGCAUCUCGUUCCCCGACGAUGAUGCUAACGCCACACAUGCCAGCUUGACAGACUGGCAACCACCGGCGCACAGGACCAUUGUUGCAUGCGCUACCAACAACCGUCAGGUUGCUAUCGCGCUUAGCUCGGGCCAAAUUCUCUACUUCGAGUGCGAUUCUGAUGGUUCGCUUGCCAUGGCGGAGGAAGAAAUUGCUCUGGACAGCACCAUCAACUGUCUGACCAUGCCUGAUGUGCCCGAGGGCAGCGUGCGGGCUUUCUUUAUGGCAGUCGGCUGCAGCGAUCAGACGGUGAGGAUCUUCAACCUGAGUCCUGACAUGGAGGGCAACAUUCUGCGAAGCAUCUCCGUCCAGGCGCUCACAUCACCACCGAGCGAUCUGACAAUCAACAUGAUGGCCGACAAAUCACCGCGAGGCUACAGUCAGUACCUCCACAUCGGUCUGCGGAGUGGUGUGUACAUUCGAUCCGUUUUGGACGAGAUGACUGGUGACAUUGGAGAUACUCGGAGACGUUUCCUCGGCCCAGAACCUAUCAAGUUCGCCAAGGUAACUGUCGCUGAUGAGCCUGCCAUCAUUGCUAUGACCUCGAGACCAUGGCUCGGCUACACUCACCCACGGACUGGUGUUCUGCAGCUGACACCUUUGAACUACAUCCCCUUCAAGUCUGCCUGGAACUUCGAAGGCACACAGUUCAAGGGUAUCAUCUGUGUGAGCGCUGCUGAACUACGAAUCUUCACCUUUAACGACUUGACGGACAACACGACUUACGAGACAAUACCAUUGAAGUACACGCCGAGGAAAAUGGUCGGUCACCACGACCAGGGUGUCUUCUACGUCAUCCAAAGCGAGAACAACACCCUCAACGAUGCCACACGACAGAACCUUAUUCAGGAAGCGAAGGCCAAGAAGGCAAACGGUGUCAAGGCCGAGAAUGGAGCUGAUGGCGAGAUGGACAUCGACGGAGAGGCUGCUGGCGAUGAGCUUCCAGCAGUCGAAUUCGGCUACCCACGAGUCCAAGGUCGCUGGGCCUCCUGCAUUCAAGUUGUCGACCCCGUGACCGAGAAGGCCGUUACGCAUACGGUGGACCUGCCUUCAAACCAAUCGCUGGUCAGCGCUGCCUUGGUCUACUUCGACAGCCGUGGCGAGGAUGCCUUCCUUGCCGUCGGUACUGCGAAAGACCUGACUUUCACACCCUACAAAUUCUCUGGUGCGUCGAUACAGAUCUACAAGAUCUCACCGACAGGUCGCGAGCUUGAACUGUUCCACGAGACAGAUGUAAACGAGCCCCCGCUAGCUUUGCUCGCUUUCAAGGGCAAGCUCAUCGCUGGCGUUGGGCGAAACCUUUGCCUUUACGACUGCGGUAUGCGCUCGCUUCUUCGAAAGGCGCAGGCCUCGAACUGCGUGAGCACUCGCGUCACGGAUAUCAAGACCCAGGGCAGCCGCCUGGUAGUCUCCGACCAAGUUGAGUCCGUCACAUACGUUGUCCACAAAGAUCAAGUCCACCCCAACCGACUGAUCCCCUUCGUCGAUGACACAAUCUCGAGGCAUACGACCGCCACCGAGAUGCUUGACUACGACACUACUGUUGGUGGUGACAAGUUCGGCAACAUCUGGCUUGUACGCUGCCCACAGAAGGUCUCGGAGGGAUCCGACGAAUCACCCGACGGUUCUGACUUGCUCGUCGACAAGAGCUACCUUGGUGGCACAGCGAACCGACUCGACCUCGUCACACACUACUUCGCCAACGACAUCCCCGUGUCGAUACAGAAGACCAUCCUUCUGUCCGGUGGUGAGCGCAUCAUCUUCUGGGCCGGUCUGCAAGGCACACUGGGUGCCCUCAUCCCCUUCACAUCACGAAGGCAGCACAAGAUGUUCCAGCAAUUGGAGCUGCAGCUCCGGUCCGACGAUCAGCCGCUGUCCGGUCGCGACCACCUGGCUUUCCGUAGCUACUUUGCUCCUGUCAAGAGCACCAUCGAUGGCGAUCUGAUCGAGCGUUUCUUGGUCCUGUCAAGGGAUAAGCGCGAGAGCAUUGCCGCACAGCUGACGGGUGCUGAAUGGACGCCGGGUAUGAUCGAUGAAGCGAUCUGGAACAUGCGGGGUCUGUACGCCUUCUAGAUGAGCUGGAAUCGUUGGUGUAGACUUGCAUGUGCCUGGUCGUACCAUCUGUAGUGUUAUAUAGUGAUCAUGUUGACCUUUGAUACCCAAUAC